AUGUACUGCUUAAACAUUUUGUCAGAUCAUGCAUGGCAUGUUAAGACAUUCACAGAAAAGAAAACGGAAACUAAACCUCAAGCAUCCAGAUCGGCUUAUUUAUUAUAUAAGCAAGGUUAUACCAUUGCUUUACAGACCUUAUAUAAAGCAUUUGCUAUACGUCCAAUUUGCAUCAAGGGUGUUGAUCUCAUUGCUGCUGUUGAUCUCAUUGAUGACGUUGAUAUCAUUGGUGAUUUUAAACUCAUUGGUGAUGUUGAUCUCAUUGCUGCUGUUGAUCUCAUUGAUGGCGUUGAUAUCAUUGGUGAUUUUAAUCUCAUUGCUGAUGUUGAUCUCAUUGGUGAUGUUGAUCUCAUUGCUGGUGUUGAUAUCAUUAGUGAUGUUGAUCUCAUUGGUGGUGUUGAUCUCAAUACCUAUGUUGAUUUUUCCAAAUGUUGA